UCUGUUAAUGCCCUUUAUGGCUUUGCACUUGUAAUUAAUCAUCUUUACUCUAAGGCUUCUAUUAAAUGAUGAACUCCUCAGAAUCUGUUACUGGAGAUGAAGGAAGCGAGGCAGGACGACGGGCAAUUGGCUAUAGCAGAGGUCUUUGGAUUCUUAUUGGUGGUGUAAUGGGGAUUAUAAUAGUGAUAUCAGUGGCAUUGUGGAUCAUGUAUCAGAAAAGGGCUCAAAAGAAACCUAUAAAAACAGGAACAGUAUCAAUGUAUUCAUUCUCUGAAGAACCCAGCUCCUUGAACAUUUCACUGAAAGAUAUCUAUUCUGCAACUAACAAUCUCAGUGCUUCACACUUCAUUGGUCAAGGAAUAGCUGGGAAGGUGUACAAAGGUGUACUGUCACAUGGCCAGCAUGUCGCAAUCAAGCACAUAAUUAAGGACGGACAAAUGGAAACAUUUGUUAGGGAAGUCACAAGCCUCUCACACAUCAGACACCCAAACCUUGUAGCCCUGCUAGGUCACUAUGAUGGACAAAAUGAGUGUUUUCUCGUCUAUGAGCUGUGCCACAAUGGGAACCUUUCUCAAUGGCUUUUUGAUAAAAAUAAGGUUCUUUCUUGGACCCAAAGACUUGAAAUUGCAAUAGAUUGUGCUAGGGGGCUGUUGUAUCUCCAUACAUUUCCUGAAGGGUGCAUCGUUCACCGCGAUAUCAAGCCAACAAAUAUUCUUAUUUCUGCCAACUUCCAAGGUAAACUAUCAGACUUUGGGCUAUCUAAGGUUAUUGACCUUGGCAACUCCUAUGCAAGCUCAGAAGUAAGAGGGACAUUUGGUUAUGUUGAUCCCGAGUAUCAAAAGAAUCGUCGAGUCAAUUCGUUUGGAGAUGUGUAUAGUUUCGGGAUCGUUCUGCUGCAGCUCUUGUCCGGUCAGAGGGUUAUCAACAUAGAUGCGAAUCGCCCGAUGCCUCUAAACAAAAUGGCAAAAAAUCUGACAAAGGGUAAGAACAUCAAAGAAUUUGCAGAUCCCAAACUUGGUGGAGAAUACCCUGAAGGGGCCUUUGAACUUAUGUUUAAGCUAGCUUUGUCAUGCACUGGGCUUAAACAGCAAAGACCAUCCAUGGAUAAGGUGGUUGCUACGCUAGAAAACGCCCUACAUUUUUCGACGAGAGAUAAGUCUCUUGAUCCUUACUUUCUGCCAUUGUAGUACUAUAAUAAUGAUACUCUGAUUUAAAACACUCAAAUGCUUGCUAUAAUGUUAUUGGCAACAUAUGAAGUGUUCCUAAGAUUGUAAUCCUUGUAAAGAUAUUUGUGGAUGAAAAG